GCCGCGCCGGCCCGCAGCUCAGUCGGAGCAGACUGUCCGGUGGGGGCGGCAGCCGGAGGCGGAGCCGGGGGAGUGGGAAGGUGGUCAGACGGCGGCGCUAUCUCAGACGAUCCCUGCACACGCAGCCAUUAAGAUCAACUGACUGCCGAUAAAGAAUAUGUCCAAUGGAGAAGAUCGUCAUAUUCAUGGUGGUCUGCUUGGGAUCAGCUGACGUGGCGCUCGGCGACGACCACGAGCGGCGGUUGCUACGCUACCUACUGGCCGACUACGACCGCUCGGUGCGGCCCUCGCAGGACGCCGCCAAGCCGCUCAACGUCACCUUCGGCAUGGCGCUGACGCAGAUCAUCGACGUGGACGAACGGAACCAAAUAUUAACUACAAAUUGCUGGCUGACACAAGAGUGGAUCGAUUACAGCCUGACGUGGAACCGCUCCGAGUUCGGCGGCAUUCCCGUCAUCCGGCUGCCGCACGACCGGCUCUGGAAGCCCGACAUCCUGCUCUACAACAAUGCCGACAGCGCGUACUCGAACGCCAUUCUGAGCACCAAUAUCAUCGUGAAGGCGGACGGCAACGUCACCUGGCUGAGCAGCGCCAUCUUCAAGUCGUCCUGCUCCAUCAACGUGGAGUUCUUCCCGUUCGACGAGCAGACGUGCACCAUGAAGUUCGCCAGCUGGACGUACGACGGCCUGCAGGUAAAUUUGCUGAACCAAACCGAGCAGGGUGACCUGAGUAACUACGUCACGAAUGGCGAGUGGGACCUGCUGAACCUCACCGUGGAGAGGAACGUAGUGUACUACUCGUGCUGCGAGGCGCCUUACCCGGACAUCACCUACCGGAUCGUACUGCUGCGCAGACCGCUCUUCUACGUGUUUAAUCUGAUCCUGCCGUGCGUGCUGAUCACUGGGAUCGCGCUCAUGUCGUUCUACAUGCCGUCGGACAGCGGCGAGAAGGUGACGCUCGGCAUCACCACGCUCCUCUCUAUGACCGUCUUCCUCAUGGUCAUUGGGGAGAGCAUGCCGCCCACCUCCGAGAAACUGCCCCUGAUUGGUCUCUACUACGGCGUCACCAUCUCGCUGGUGUCGUUCGCCACCGGCCUGUCGGUGGUGACGCUCAACAUUCACCACCGCGGCAUGCGCGGACGAGAGGUGCCCCGAGUCGUCAAACGCAUCGUGUUCGAGGGCUUAGCGCCCGUGCUCUGCAUCCGCCUGGACCCUCCCAGCCACUGUCUGGCGCGCACCAAGGACGAUUACCGGUUCUGCUUUGAUGAAUGUCACAUCGAGUCGACCCCUGUGGACCCUGAACUGGCGUAUGAUCACCAGCUUCACAUUUAUAACGGGGGACACUGCGGAGGGAGUCGGAACCCGAGUUUGACGGAGACGCCGCCUCGGCUGGGGGCGGCGCCACCUCCGCUGGGGGCGCCGCCCACGGUGCACCCGUCGCUCGACCUGUUCGAGCACCAGUUUAUGCGUGUGCUCAACAAAGUUUACCACACAAUCGAGCGGAACGACCAGCGGCUGGCCGAGCAGGACCGCAGGGACGCCAUCAAGCUCGAGUGGCAACAAAUGGCACUCGUUCUGGACAGGUUUCUGUUGUGGGUGUUCAUAACGUCAACAGUGGGAGCAACGUUCGGCAUCCUGUACAUGUCGCCUCACACCAAGCUGUUCACCGUGUAGCUGGGUCGACAGAGGCAGCUUCGACGGAGUUGACGUCGAGGCGGCAGCCUAUGUCACCGUCGGGGCAUCAGAGCAGCGUCGAGACGCAGCAGGUACAACCACGUGCUAUCGAUUUGGUCGUAGCGGCUAAUAUAGCCGUGAAACGGUCGUACUCUGUGGCACGACUACCAGCAAUAUGUUUUUUGAGUGAAUAUUUACCAGUGUGACAACUAGUCCAAACCAGCGAGAUUGGAGAGGACGCUCCAUUUCGGACUGGAGGCUGACCGGCGGGUCGCCAGAUGAAGCCGUAGCUGUAGCACAUGUGAGUCAGUCGGCUGUAGUCGAUGAGGUAGACCGUCGGGUUCCGGAGACCGGCUGAAGCGGGCUGCUCUCAGCCGGCGAUGGGGACCCUGCUCGGUGUGUGUGCCAGCGGCACCGCGUUCUGAUCGUGGCCCCUUGUUCGUAGGCUGUGCGCCGUGCGGUCUAUGCUCGCUGCCGCAGUUAGGCCGGGAAGGGAGAGGGCAGAGUCGAGUCCACCGACUCAGUUCGCCGCUGAGGUUCUGCGCGCGCGGGAGUGAAGACAAAUAAAACAGUACAUGGUCGCAUCCGUGCU